AUGUCUACACUGAAAAAGGACCCUGACUCAGCGGGGCUGGAAGGGCAAAAUGGGCCUAGAUACGGGACUAUCGAUGUCAAAGUUGGCACUCAACGAGAUCUUCUUGAUCUUCAGGAUUUGGAUCCGGCCUUUAAUGAGAAGAUGCGGCUUGUCAAUAAUGCUAUUGAUGAGAUUGGAUGGACUCCUUAUCAUAUGAAAUUAUUCUUCCUGAACGGGUUUGGCUACGCCGUCGACUCAAUGAUCACCCUCUUUCAAUCCAUUAUCGCUGCACAAGCGUUCCGAGAAUUUGGAGAAAAAGGCUAUGUCAACGGCUUGACAAUCGCUACCUACGUAGGGAUGCUAACCGGAGCCCUUUUCUGGGGCCUUGGAGCCGAUAUCAUCGGCCGCAAAUACGCCUUCAACAUCUCUUUAUUCCUCUGCUCGAUCAGCUGCAUAAUUGCUGGUGGAAUGCCUAGUUGGGCAUCACUUGGGGUUUUCGUUUCGUUGCUGAGCUUCGGCGCUGGCGGAAACCUCGUCAUGGACACAACUGUCUUUCUUGAGUACCUACCUAGCAACAAGCAGUGGCUUCUGACUCUUAUGGCAUGUUGGUGGGGGCUUGGCCAGGCGAUUGCCGGAUUCAUCGCAUGGGGGUUUCUUGUGCCUGAUCGCUGGAACUGCUCCGAUGUCGAGACGUGUACCAGAAGUAACAACAUGGGCUGGCGAUAUGUCAUGUUUACAGGAGGCGCUCUCGUCUUUGUUCUAUCUCUUCUUCGAAUCACCAUCAUCAGGCUCCGAGAGACACCCAAGUACUUACUUGGCAUCGGCAAAGAGGAGGAAUUAAUCGAGACGUUCCAGUUUCUUGCUACCAAGUACAAUCGGACUUGCUCGGUCACUUUGGAGGAUCUCGCCGCCUGCGGGACUAUCACUUCAGCUCAUAGCAAGAAUCGGUUCUCGAUAAGCGAGACCAUGAUACAUAUACGGGGCCUCUUCGUCAACAAAAAGAUGAGUUUGUCGACCUCGAGCAUCUUUCUGUCCUGGACCUUGAUUGGUUUGGCCUAUCCUCUUUUCUACGUCUUCCUCCCGUCAUACCUAGCAAGUAGAGGCGCAGUCUUUGAUCGCACGAAGUUUGAAAUAUGGCGCAACUAUGCUUUGACCAACAUCAGCGGUAUCCCAGGCCCGAUCGUUGCUGGCAUCAUGUGCAACACCAAACUCGGCCGCAAAUACACAAUGGUUAUCGGAGCACUGAUCAGCAUGGCCUUCUUCUUCGCUUACACUUCCGUCAAAACAUCAGUACAGGACAUUACCUUCACCUGUCUCAUUGCCUUCUGCAUCAACAUAUACUACGGUACUCUAUACGCCUACACCCCCGAAGUCCUGCCCAGCGCUCAUCGCGCCACUGGUAGUGCCAUUGCGGUUGCGUGCAAUCGCGUGAUGGGAAUUGUGUCGGCUGUUGUUGCAAGCGAGGCUAACACUGAUACGCCUGCUCCGCUUUAUGUCUGUGCUGCGCUGUUUCUUGGGAUGGCAGCUGUGUCGGCGUCGUUCCCGUUUGAGCCUUACGGCCACCGGAGCUCCUAA